CCCGAUUGACUCGUUUUGACAGAUUUACUCACAACCUCAUCUGCAAGCUCCGGUGAAUGGCGACAUAGUGACUUUUCCCCUCUUCAUUUUCCGUUCAGUUCUCUCGCUUUCUGUUAAUCAACGCUUUACUCUUUCGAUGGACUAGGGUUUUUCACUUUUCCCACGCCAAAAUGCCAAAGCGUAGAGCCAAGAAAACGGCUAAAGCUGAACCAGUGCCUGACCCCAAGGAGCCUCAAAAUGAAAUGCAGCAGCAACCUCAAUUCAUGGACCUCGAAAUCGAAGUGGAGCGACAAAUCGGUGCGAUUAGGGCAGUUCGGGAUGUGGAGAUUGAACACUUGCUGACGGAGCUUCGAUUGCUGAGGUCAUGUUUCAACAAGGAACAACUCCAGAAGCCUGUGUUACAGGUUUUUGAAGAAACCCUGCCGAACCUCUCGAUUGUGAAUGAUGAAGGGAACAAGAAAUUUGAAGCGAGAUGGAAAGAAAAUGGGAGUAGAUGUGGUGAUGGAAGAGAUGUGCAUGCUUCUUUGCUUCAAAAGUUGUCCAUGGCUUAUCCUGAAUGCUCUGCUUCAAUUCCUCCUUUAGGUGGCUUUGAAUAUUUUACCAAUACAGGGAGAACAAGCUUUCUUGGCGCUGAUGAUCUGUGUUUUAAGGACGUUGUUUUGGAGGAGCCAUGUGAAACUCAGACUCUGGCAAUGCAAGAAGCUCUCCAGACUCCCGGUGUGAGUAGUCAAAGGUUGUCUGUUGGAAUGACACCCAAAACACUUAGGCUGCCGAAACCUGGCGAGAUGCUUCUCUCUGUCCAUGGAUCACCGCUUGGUGUUUACAAGGAACAUAACAUGGAGGCCAUACAUGAGUCAGAGGAGGGUUGAAUGCCUGCUAAAUCCGUUGUGGUCCAAAAGCAAGCGAUAGAAAGUAUUUAUGCGCACCGACCAACACCAUUUCAGUCAUCACACUGAUGAGGGUUACAUAUAGAUUAGUGGCCCCUUAAUCUUUUUUUAUUUAGAGUUCACGAGUUAGUGACAGCCAAUUAGAUUGGACUAAAAGGCGAGUAUUGAUUUUGGCUUUCCAGCUUUCACAUAUUGGGAUGCAGCUGGAGAUUGCUAUAGAGUUGUCUGACUAAUGUAGUAUUUUGUUUAUUGUUUGUAGUAGUAUGAGUAAUUUGUAUUACAUGAACGCUGAGGCCCUUUUGCACUGUAAUUUUCUAAUGAAGUAAUAAGCUUUAUUGA